AUGGCCAGGUGUUCCGAAACAAUUGAGACGUUUGUUGACAGUUUUUUAUAAAGUCCAAGUCACUUUUUGAUCGAAUGGCCGAGUAUUUUUAGAUUUUUUGGGAAAAAAGUCCUUUCAGAAGUCUGUCGGUAAAAUAAUGUGGAUUUUUUCACGCCGUGGAAUCGUCCAUUAUUGUUUUCAGACCGCUUCUGAAGAUAUAAAUUUGAUGCAAUGAGGCCAAAAAUUUUUCUGCGACAACUCCACAUUAUUUUCCCGACAGAUGGAUAAGAGUUUUUUUUUUUGAGGAAUUCGAUUUCUAAGAAAUUUUCUGACUUUUGGAAGAAAAAAUUGCGGUUAUUAGAUGCGCUGACGAUCCAUUUUUACUAAAAAAAUCUUUUCUGCUCUAAUUUUGGCUUCUUUGUCUCGCUUUAUUCCGCUUUUGAUCAGAAAUCGCAUUUUUUUGGGAAUAAUUUUUUCGGGGGAAACUCCAAGUAUAAUCGGAAGAUUCCGUGCAAAUUCAGCAUGAGUUUUCUGCAUAGGCCUCUUAUCAACUUUUAAAAAUUUCAGCUUUUAGGAAGUACUCCAAGUGCGACGCUCACAUUUUGAUGAAACUUGGCACAAAUUUAGAAUAAUUUUUCCUAAGAUAUAUGCCAGAAUCCUAGCUCGCGCUUUGCAGAAACAACCGAGAUUUUUAGAUCGAAAGUCGGCGAAGAUUUAGGACUUUUUGCCGAACUUCGGCACGAAAAGUUUCAUGCCUGUUUCAACCAUAAAGGAUAAUGUUUCUACAAGAAAUCACAUUUUUCCGCACGAAAUUGCCAAAGUUAUGGCCAAAAAGGCGUUUUCUCUCUGAGCCCUCUCCACGUUUAGCGUGCUCUCUCGCCGGGAAAGAUCGUUUGAUAUCUCGGCGGCGCCCGCAAAGCGCGAGCUAAAACUUUCAGGAAUUGAUAUUUAGUCCAUACCCGACGUGUGUGCAAGAUUUAAAGAAAAUCUGAGCGUCGCACUUGGAGUACUUCCCUGUUAGUUUUUUCUACAAAGUCGGGAAAGUACUGAAAUGCCGCCGCGCCGAUCGCGUCGCUAAAGUGAACGGCAAGUUGACAAUUCAUUUUCUCGGCUGCGAUGCGAUUUUCAAUGCGAAAUUUCGAUCACUACUUUCCCGACAGACUGAUGUUUUCCCCUAAAUUUACGUCAGGGAUCGCCCAAACUUUCUCACGCCAAUUUAGCAAAUUGAAUUAAUCGCCCAAUUCUUUUCAGCGCAAUGGCGUCCAAACAUUUGGUUUUUGUCUACGGGACGCUGAAAAGAAACGAGCCCAAUCAUCGGGUGAUGGCGAACGAAAUCCGAGGAACGGCGAGCUUCGAGGGGACGGCCCGGAUGACGCAGAGAUACCCGCUGAUCGUAUCUACAAAGUUCAAUAUUCCAUUUUUGUUGAAGGACGCCGGAAAGGGGGAGGUGAGUGAAUGGUGAUUUCGGAAUUUAAAAUUUGAUCUUUUUGGGGUGGGUAGGGCGAGGAUUUUUUAAAAUGCUUACUAUUGAAUAUCUAAGCAACGAAUUUCCAUAUAUACAAUAAUGGUUGAGUAUUUUUAAAAAUAAUCCCUAGGCUCAAUUUUACAAGGCAAAUACUCCAAGUGCGACGCUCCGAUUUUCUGUAAAUUUUGCACACACCUCGGGCAUGAACUAAAUGUCGAUUCCUGAAAGUUUCAGCUCGCGCUUUGCGGGCUCCGUCGAGAUAUUGAACGAUUUUUGCCGCCGAGAGAGAACGCACAGCGCACGUCAAACUGACAAGGGAAGUACUUGAAGUGCGACGCUCAGAUUUUGAUAAAAAUUGGCAUAGAUGGAGAUUGGAAUUUUCUUAUUCGAUUACGAGCAUCCUAGCUCGCGCUUUGCAGAAACCGCCGAGAAAGAAGGGCCGAAAUAUCGAAAAAAAUUUUCAAAUGCCGACGAAUUUCCCUGCAAAUUCUCUUGAUCUUGGCAUUCCGUUCCUGGAGAAAAAUAUUUUUUGUCCACAGGGGACUCGGAUGUACUUAUAAGUAAAAUUUUUUACUUAUAUUUACCAAUAACUUACAUAUAAGUUAAAAAAGGCGGGGCUUAUUUAUUUUUACUUAUAUUUACGUUUAUUUACUUAUAUUUACAAAUAGCGGUACUUAUAUGUAAAAAACGGCGGAGCUCGUUCAUUUUUACUUAUAUGUACAUAUAUGAGCCUCGAAAAGAAAACUUUUGAGCGUCAAAGACGCUUUUUGGUUUCUGCACGCGUUGGCCGGACUUAGAAAAAUUCUAAGUUUUUGGACCGUCAAAGAACGUAUCUCAACCUUGGAUCGAAUAAAGUAAGUUGCUUGUAGUUAGUUUUUUUUUUCUUUUACAGAGUAACAGAGUGCUCGGAUCAAAAGUUGCGAACGCGAGAACCUUCCCGAGCAUGGAGCAUGUUAACGUCAAACUUCACGCAGUUCCCAAAAAUCUAUGAACAAGCACUAUGAGGAAAGAAUUUGGAUGAACAACUGUGUGCUCAAACUUGGUAGGUUUUUUUGACUGUUUUCACAUUUCAUAAAACCAAAGAUUUUUCCAGACAUAGUUUUGCUAUGUUGUACUAGGUCCAGGUGAAGCCUCUAGGUUUCAGAUUAUCGAAAAAUUGGUCGUGGAGGGUAGUAAAUGGACAAUACACACGAUCCCGGAAAAAUGGCACUCGGAUGAUUCAGGUAUGUUGAGAAUAUUCACCUGGACCUAGUACAACAUGAAAAACUUAGUGUCUCGAAAUUUCAUUUACAAACUUGGUGAACCUAAAACUAAUUUUUCGGGGUGGAGAAACACAAACAAUUGAGAAGGGCUUAUAGUAAAUGUCGUCGAACGACCUUAUCUUCUUUAUUUGUUACUAUUUUCAGUGAAUGCAGACGCAGAAGUCCCCAUAGAAGAUCUCGAAAGCAAGCAAUUGAUGCCUCAUAAGGACAAAAACAGAUGAGAAAACUAUCCGGAGCACACAAGAUGCGUUAUCCACAUGUAUUUGUUGUUUUUGAGAAUCAAAAUAAACGUUUAUAAUAUAAUCUGCACUGUGCAUAAUUCUGGGUUACAAAUAAGUAAAAUAUCCUUAUUGGUAAAUAUAAGUAAAAAAUCCUUAUUUGUAAAUAUAAGUAAAUUUGUGGAGCGCCGAAAAUAAAGUUUACAUAUAAGUAAUUUCAGAAUUACUUAUAUGUACGAUUAUUUACUUAUAUGUACGUUUAUUUACUUAUAUAAACUUCAAUUUCAUAUAAGUAAAAAAGACGUACAUAUAAGUAAAUCCGAAUUCCCUGUGUCGCAAGAAAUUUUUUCUUGAUAAUGUUCAAGACUGUUUUGUUGCUUUUAUGUGGAUUAUGAUGUGUUAUUUUCACUUUUUUAUACUCAGGACAUGAUUCUAGCGCUAUUAAUUGGAUUGUUGCCAUCCGAAGGGUAAAAUGUUUCGUUUUUUGACGAAUUUAUGCAGCUUUUCCUCUGCGGAUGGGCAAACCACUCUAAUAGUUGCUUCAAAGUUGUUUAGGAGAGAUGCAAAGCGCUCUGCUUUGUGCGUGAACGUUAUCAUAAAGUAAGUCUUCAAAAAAAUUUAUUUUUUCACUAUUAUUCAGUUUAUUCCAUUUCAGCAAACAAAGCAAGUGUCCCAAAGGUGUUCCGCCAUUGUACUCAAUGUUCCGAUGGUGCACAUUCGCUGUUCUCGUUGUUCUGAAUUUGCUUGCUGAAAUAAAAAAAUAAAAUUUUUGGGAAACUUACUUUAUGAUUCGUUCAUACACGAAGUAGAACGUUUUGCAUCUCCCCUAAUCAACUUUGAAGCAACUAUUAGAGUGGUUUGCCCAUCCGCAGAGGAAAAGCUGCAUAAAUUCGUCAAAAAACGAAACAUUUUACCCUUCGGAUGGCAACAAUCCAAUUAAUAGCGCUAGAAUCAUGUCCUGAGUAUAAAAAAGUGAAAAUAACACAUCAUAAUCCACAUAAAAGCAACAAAAUAGUGUUGAACAUUAUCAAGAAAAAAUUUCUUGCGAGAAAAAAUAUAUUUUUAUCCUGAAACGGAAUGCCAAGAUCAAGGGAAUCAGGGAAAAUUCGCCGUCUUUUGAAGAUUUUUUUCGAUAUUCCGGCCCUUCUUUCUCGGCGGUUUCUGCAAAGCGCGAGCUAGGAUGCUCGUAAUCGAAUAAGAAAAUUCCAAUCUCCAUCUAUGCCAAUUUUUAUCAAAAUCUGAGCGUCGCACUUGAAGUACUUCCCUUGUGAGAUAAGCUAAAACAGUCCGGUGAAUGGAUUGGCAAUUUGCCAAAAAAAGACGCGAAAAAACGUUUUGUCGGGGAAGAAAUGGGGAAUUUUUGGGGCGAGAGAGUACGCUUUUGCGCGUCUUUUUUCUCUCUUUCUCUGGAAAUCAAGACGAAGUGUAAAAAACCGAUAGCGAAAAUUCUAUCUCCGGUCACCGGACUCCUCAGUUUGACGUGCAGCGCUUUCUUUAAUGAAUCGGACACCGAUUUUUUCGAAUUUUUUUUAGUUGUCGACAUUUAAGCGGGUCUAGCGAGCGUAUGCUAUAAGAUUGACGUGUGAACUUUUUCAGAUGACAUGGCUGGAGAUCUUUCCAGCCAUGUCACUUUUAACAACUUUUAUACAGAACUGAAUUUUUAAUCAAACCUGAAAAGUGACCGCAUGUGGAUUUUCAGAGCCAGAGAAAGAACACUUUUUGGCCAUAACUUUGCUAGUUUUGUGCGGAAAAAAAUUAUUUUUGGCAGAAAUAUUACCCUCUAUGGCAGAAAUAGUCAUGAAACUUUUCGUGUCGAAAUUUGGCGAAAAGUGUCAAACUUUCGCCCACUUUCGAUCUAAAAAUCUCGGUCGUUUCUGCAAACCGCGGGCUAGUAUUCAAAAGCAAAACGCAAAAAAAAAUCUGCACACUUUAUGGAAAGACUAAAAAAAAUCCGGUUUUAAAUUUUUUGACAAAAUUAAAACUUUUUUUUUUCAUUUUCUCUUGUCAUACCGAUUUCUCAUCGUAAUUAUGACCAUAAUUUCUGCUCCUCUUCUCCCCCUCUUUCGCAAUCCAUCUUGUUUUCAAUCAGCACUCUUCUAGUGCCCUCUAAUUCCGGGAUUUCGCAAUUUCCCACCUCAAAUCAAUCUAAUUUCCCCGUUCUCCCCAAUAUAUUUUGUCAUUUCGUCCAGAUGUUCGGAUCACAAAACGAGCGCGUCCCUUUGACCCAAACGUCCGGCUCCGUUUCGCGAGAUGCAUUUUUUGGCUCCAACCUUGCUGGGGAAGAGAUUUUUUAUAACUCUUCCGACUUCCUAUUCAAAUACACAAAACAUUGUACUAUCAAGCGGCUUGUGGAGUGAAGAGCAAGGUCGAAUUGAAAGGGUUUUACUUUUUUUGGACGGUUUUUGUGGAGGUUUCAGUUUCUAAUCUGGGGUGUUAGUAUUUUCGCAGUGCAAUGGUGCAAAAUGAGCGUUGCGGCAGAACUCUACCCCUUUUCUGAACUUUCCCUCAAUAUGAACUCUCCCCCUUUUUGAACACUCCCCCAAAAAAGGCUGAACCCUUUUUUGAUUAUCGCCAGAAAAUUUGAACUCUCCCCCUUUUUGAACACUCCCCCAUUUUGAAAAUUGAAAAAAUGAGGUGUGACAUGUUAUACAAUGAAAACUUUUUUCAAAUUGAGAAAAAUGAGGUGUGACAUCUUAUACGAUGAAAAUUUUUUUCAAUGAGGUGUGACAUCUUAUACGUUGAAAUUUUUUUUCAAAUUGAGAAAAAUGAGGUGUGACAUCUUAUACGAUGAAAAAUUUUUUCAAAUUGAGAAAAAUGAGGUGUGACAUGUCAUACGAUGAAAAUUUUUUUCAAUCAGGUGUGACAUCUUAUACGAUGAAUUUUUUUUUCAAAUUGAAAAGAAUAAGGUGUGACAUCUUAUAUGAUGAAAAAAUUUUUCAAAUUGAAAAAAAUUUUAAUCGUAUAAGAUGUCACACCUCAUUUUUUCAAUUUUCAAAAUGAGGGGGAGUGUUCAAAAAGUAGGAGAGUUCUGAAGGGGAAGAGUUCAGAAAACGGGGAGAAUUCCGCCGCAACGCGGCGCAGCAAGAUUGUGCCGAUUAUUUUCCCGACAGGACAUUUUUGGCGAUUUUUGACCGAAAAAUCUCGCCGGUUUCUGCUGUAGAAUUUCCCAUCUGUCGCUGACAAUUAAAAUCAUAUUUUUUGCCUUGUUUCAGCAAGUCAUGUGUUGUUUUUCAUCUCUUGCUUAUUAAUUAAAUUUUGGGUCAAGUCUCUCUCUGAGCCAUGACAAACAAAAUAGGCCACUGAUCUGUUUAUUUGUUGCUCGGAAUGAAAACGUUCGGAAUGAGAAUCUUUAUUAGUCACUGCUCUUUUAAACAGCCAUCAUUUUUUUGAUCAAGACAAAAUGUCAUUACGGCUUUUAGGAGUCAAUUUUUUGAUUUUUUUACAUACUGCAUUUUGCAAAAUUGCAAAUAUUUUUUCUUUACGCCAUCGGGACCGAAAAGCUUUCUUAGCGCAACAAAAAUCAACGCGAAGUAAAUAUCAGUCUGUCGGGAAAAUAAUGUGGAUUCAUCGCGUCUUUUGAUCGCCCAUCAUCGCUUGCGACGGUGGCUGGAGAUUUGAUGUAAGACUGCGACGAGGCGCGACAUUUUUUAAAUCCACAUUAUUUUCCCGACAAUCUGCUAUAAAAAAUGUUUUUUUGAUUUUAAACUUCAAAUCCCCUCAGGCCAUUCCCCUAAAAUUUUGAGACCAACCUAGUCAUCGGAUGGCUUUACGUGGUCGUAAAAACAUCCACCCAUUUCUUUUUAUAAACACGUCCGCGAUCCGAAAGCAGGUCGUUAUAAUGUCCAAGAUUUAUUUUAUUUGAAUAUGAAGAAAGGUUGGGAUAAAAACGGGGUCUAAAAAUGAUUUUAACCUGAUAUUUUAGGGCACCCCUAGAAUUUUUGCUUUGGACAUUUCUUGGUUAUUUGAAAACUGAAAAAAUUAGGUGUGACAUCUUAUACGAUGAAAAAAUUUUUCAAAUUGAGAAAAGUGAGGUGUGACAUCUUAUACGAUGAAAAAAUUUUUCAAAUUGAGAAGAGUGAGGUGUGACAUCUUAUACGAUGAAAAAAUUUUUCAAAUUGAGAAAAGUGAGGUGUGACAUCUUAUAUAAUGAAAUUUUUUUUUUAAAUUAAGAAAAGUGAGGUGUGAUAUCUUUUUAAAAAAAAUUUUCAUCGUAUAAGAUGUCACACCUCGUUUUUCUCAGUUUGAAAAAAAUUUUCAUCGGAUAACAUGUCACACCUCAUUUUUCUCAAUUUGAAAAAAUUUUCAUCGUAUAAGAUGUCACACCUCGUUUUUCUCAGUUUGAAAAAAAUUUUCAUCGGAUAACAUGUCACACCUCAUUUUUCUCAAUUUGAAAAGAAAUUCAUCGUAUAAGAUGUCACACACUAAAGUUCAGAAAAGGGGGAGAGUUCAGGCUCAACCCUCGGCGGCGAUCCCGAUGCGACAGAGUGCUCAUUAUUUUCCCGACAGACUGACAGAAUUCUCGAUUUUUUUCCAUUUCCCAAGUGUUUUUCCACGAUUUUUUAAUCCCGACAAAUCAUAUCGGACCACCUCAACACUCCGAAUAGAACAUGUUUGAUUCCAUUUAUUAUGAAUCGGGUAAACAAAGCGAACGAUGAUUGAUAUUGCCCGGUGGGGAAACGGGUCAUUCCCAAACGAUUUUCGUCUCGAGUUCAAAGAAAAGUCGAGGAGUAGAAGUGGGGUUUCGGGAGAGCCGACUUGAAGAGUUUUUUUUUUGAUUUUUUUGAAGGAAAAAUUAUAGGAAUUAGCGCUUGACAGGGAAAAUUUGGUUGAGCCUGAACUCUACCCCUUUUCUGAACUUUCCCUCAAUCUGAACUCUCCCCCAUUUUGAAAAUUAAAAAAACGAGGUGUGACGUCUUAUACGAUGAAAAAAUUUUUCAAAUUGAGAAAAAUGAGGUGUGACAUGUUAUACGAUAAAAAAAUUUUCAAUUUGAAUUGAUAUUUGAAAAAAAUUUUCAUCGCAUAAGAUGUCACACUUCAUGUUUUGAAUUUUCAAAAUGAGGGGGAGUGUUCAAAAAGGGGGAGAGUUCUGAAGGGGGAGAGUUCAAAAAGGGGGAGAGUUCUGCCGCAACGGGAAAAUUUAUCGAAAAAUUUUAAAUUGCUAUAGGCUCGAUUUUUUAAUUUUUAUUUUUUUUCGAACUUUUUUGAUGAAAUAAUUCUUUGGUAAAACAUAUGCGAGACUCUUAGUUUUCCUCUAUGAAUGCUCUCCGUGUUUCACGUACUCUCUCGGCCGCAAGGAUUGUUGAAUAUCUCGGCCCAAAGCGCGAGCUAAGAUUUUUAGGAAUUGGAAUGUGGCCUAUUUCCGAAAUUUGUGCCAAUUUUUAUUGAAAAAAACGCAAUUUGGGCCAAGUUUCGUAAAAAUUUUUUUUUGAAAAAUUUUGUUUUGAAAAAUCUGAAUUUCGAAUAUUUUUUUAGCAAGAAAUUAGUCACCCCAUGCUGUACUUUAACUUUUUUUAUUUAUGCAAUUUCAAAAAAAAUUUUUUUUUAAAUCUCAUUUUUUGAGUACCCAUUUUUUGCGAUUUUCUCUGCGGAGAUGCCAUUUAAAAUCAUAAUUUGAAUUCUCAAAAAAUCUGAUUUAAAGAAUUCCAGUCUUUACGCCCUAAGGCAUUGUGUUUUCUUUCACUUUUUUGACAUCAUACUGAUUUUACAUUGUAAAAUUCACUCUGUCGGGAAAAUAAUGAGCGCAAUGUCGCUGCGAUAAUUGCGCUGAACUGAAAAGCAAUUUGAUUUUGUCGCGACACAAUUCAUUUUCUCGGAGAUUUUCGCUACGACAAAGUGAUCAUUAUUUUCUCGACAGACUUAUAAAUUUAAAAAACAUCAAAAUAAAUUUCGAAAAAUCUCGUUGUUUUUGAACACCCAUUUUUACGAUGACUCCGCUUCUUUCGUAUAUUAGUUACAUACAUUUCUCAGUUAUUUUUUUCUAAACUUUUCCCUCAUUUCCAAGCAUCCACUUCAGUUGUCAGUUCAAAUCUUCCCCCAACGAUUAGCGCCCGACUUUCGCAACUUUUCUCGCCUUUUCUUUUCGCGCGCACAACUUUUUUUCCGAAAACAAUUGUUAUCAAACGCUUGGGCCUCGGAGAGUAAACUUUGGUUUUUCCCAUCCCGUCUCUCGAACAGUAUUAUUUACCUGUUUUUGUCACCGUUUCGUCCCUAAACUCGGCUUUAUUCUCGUUUUUUGCACUUUGACUUGGGCUCUUCCGGAACUUGUAGCCUCUAAAUUCUUGAGUUGUAUUGUUUUACGGGCUCUUUCAAAGUUGUUUUUUGACCUUUUAUGGGAGAUUUUUUUUGCGUUUUUGACUUUGAAGAGUAAGAGGGAAACACUUAUAAAAGCGGAUUCCACUUUUUUAUGGUUAAAACUUUAUCGAAAGAGUGUUUAAAUUGCCUACGUUCCGAAUUUUGAUCUUCAGUGGCGGACCUGAGCCAGUGGCAAAAAACGUACCAUUUUGCAUCCCGGAAGUGUCAAAAAUGUGGCAAAAUGCUUCCCUUUCCAAGUAAAAAAAACUCCAGUUUCAAAAGCGCGCCCGCUCUUUUUGUGAGGAGCGGCAUUCAAGACGGAGUUUCUUCACCUGGAGAAGGAAGCAUUUUGCCACAUUUUCGAUACUUCCCGGAUGCAAAAUGGUACGCUUUUUGCCACUGGAUCAGGUCCCCUACUGUACUACUUCCUUCACUAUAAAUGUAAUAUUUCCAGCUAGUCGAAGGCGAGCUCUACACCGUCGAUGACGCCAAACUCCUCGAGCUGGAUGAACUCGAAAACCACCCUCAUUUUUACGUCCGCCAUCGGGAGACUUUCGAUCUGUUAACGGAUAAGAACAACGAUGUCGUGAGUGGACAGACAACUGCUUGGGUUUACCAACUCCCAACCUGGACGGAGGCCUUGCUAGCCGAGGGAACGGAGCCGUUGAAGUGCUACAGCUCGAAGGGAAGUCAUGGAAGAGAAUAUGUGGAAAGGUGGGUUUGCGGGUCGUAA